AUGUCAUGUCUGACGCAUCUUCGCAACACCGAGCCCGUCAGAUGGUACCGCACACCCUUCUACAACGCCACAAUCCUCGGUUUCUGCAGUCUCGCAGCCCCCGGACCAUGGGACGCAAUGAACUCCCUCGGCGCUGGAGGAGCCCAAAACCCUACCUGCGCAGGUCCGUAUACGAACAACCGUUUCGGCACGGAGUGGCUUGACAUCCUUGGUGCAACGCUGUGUGGUAUCUCUGCUGAACACUGCUGGAAGAUUCGGGUAUACUGUACACCUGAUCUUCAUUGUGCUGCAUGCCUCGAUCCUUUCGUCGCGUUGCUGUUGAAUAAACCGGAGAAAGUACCGCGCCCGCAUGAGGUGCCAAUGAAGCUUCAGAUCUACGAUAACCCGUGGCAAGAGAUCAAGGCUGUGUACUGCACAUACAUCGCCCUCUGGUUAAGCGUUCGCGCACGCUCUCUAGGCUCCAUUUUAUCCAGCGUCGUUGCAAUCGUGGUUACGAACCUGCUGGGCGCAUGGCUUGACACGCACAGCGCAGCGCUGAAGAAGGGAGCGCGUUGGGCUUUCGGAGUCAUUAUGAUUACGCAGGGCGUAUGGUGGAUCUGGCUCACCAUCAACGUCACGCAGUACUCUCGAUCCGCGACUUUGUACGGCUGGGCAGACGAAGCCUUCGGGCGUGCGUUCGCGCCUUUCAUCUUCCUUGAUGCAGACUUCCAGCUGAACUACAACUUUGCAUUCUUCCUGGUCGGUCAAAUUUCCACGAGCCCGCAGAAAACGAUUCGUCUUGCUGCGCCUCUGCGUGGCACUGAGUCGGCCUGGCAGGCACUUAGUUAUGGUUUGAACGCUUUUCCUAUCUUCGUGACGGUUGGGGGAACGUACUUCAAUUUCGGCCUUGGGGCGGUGGCGCUGCUUCCUGUGUGA